CCCAACGCGAAAGCUCCAAAUAAAAUGCGGCGGCCUCGCCGUCCUCACCCACCUUCUCGGCUUCUCCGUCGUCUCCUCCUCCGUCUCCGCCCAGCUCCCGAUUCCCAGAGCGAUCGAGCUCCAGAGUCCACCGCCCCGCCGCCACCGCAGCAGCAGUAGCUAGCCGGGUCGAUGGGGUGCGGCUUCUCGUCGGCGUCGCUGCGCCCGUGCGCGGGGGUCCGCGUCAUCCACACCAACGGCUACGUCGAGGACUUCCUCGGCCCCGGCGUCGUCACCGUCGCGCACGUCACCGGCUGCCACGGCGGCAAGGACCCCGCCGGCGCCGCGUCCCCGCCGCGCUACCUGCUGUGCUCGGCGGCGCACCUGCUGCAGCCGGGGCAGGGGCCCUUCCGCCCCGACGACCCGCUCCAGCCGGGCACCGUCUACUUCCUGCUCCCGCACUCGGUGCUCGAGGCCGAGUCCUCCGCCGUCGACCUCGCCUGCCUCAUGAACCGCCUCACCGCGCUCGCGCGCAAGGGCGCCGCCACCGCCGCGCCCGCGCCCAACCCCGUCGGCGCGCUCCUCGCCGCCGCCGCCGCCCCACCGCGGCCGGCCAAGGAGCCCGCCGCCGCGGCGCCGGCGCCGGCGCGGCCCGCGCCCUGGAGGCCCCGGCUCGACCGCAUCGACGAGUCCAUCGGCCGCGCCUCCACGCGCAGCGCGUCCAGCUGCAGCGAGGCAUGAUCUUGGCCGUCGCCAUCAUCCAUUGUUAGCUUGGUUGUUAGAUUUCUCCCUUUCUCUCUUGUAAUCUAGCACAUGUAGGGUGUGGUUUUGUGUAUGCUUGAAAUUGUAGCAUCCAAAUCGAUUCAUCAAUGGUGUAAAGAAAAAAAAAAGUAUUCCGAUCCUACAGCAA